UUUUCCAAAGGAAAUCGUGGACGACUUUGUAAUACUACAACUAAAGCUGCGUCGUGGUUGUUGGUGUUGGUUUUCGUGGGAGACCGUGUACAUUGGCACAGAAUGUUUUCAUCACAGAGCUUCGGAAGCAGCAAGAGCUCUCAGUAUGGCAAUGAUAGUUAUGAUGGCUUCUCAAAGAGUUCUUGGCGAUCUGGUGGAUUUGAUGAAAGUCCCCCCGGGAGGGGAAACAGGGGUAAUGAUGGUGGAAUGAGAUCUGGUGGUCGAGAUUAUAGCAGCCCCUCAAGAGGUAGAGGCUCCAGUCGUGGAUCAGGGUCAUCUCGUGGUAGAGGAGGAGGAGGUGGUGGACCUGGUAGCUAUGGACGAGGUGGGAGCAAUAGCAGCAGUAUGAUAGGAGGUGGGAGUGGUGGUUAUAGUCGAGGUGGACAGAAUCGAGGUAGUAGUAGUAGUGGUGGACCCAAUCGGGGCUAUACAACUGGCUCGGGAGACUGGGGUUCUGCUUCUGGAACCAGUGGAGAUAACCAGCCUAUGUCCCUCUUAAGUGCAGCUCAGAAGAUGGGUUUAACAGGAGAUUGGUCGAAUCCUUCUGGAGGGGGUAGUGGAAAUAUGGGCAUGGGCUCCUCUGGAGGUGAUUGGAAUAGUAUGAGGAAUAAUGAUAUGUCAGGAAACUUUAACAACAAUAAUUCUUCUGGCAGCUGGCAACCAGCAUCUAAUAGGGGCUAUAGUACACAGCCUUCUAGUGGUCGGGAUAUGUCAUCGGGAAUGGGGAAUAUAGGUUCUAGUAGAUGGGAGAUGGGAUCUUCUCAUGGUCGCUCAGGAUCAUCAAGGGAUCGGGACUCUAGGCAGUCAGAUGAUUGGGAACCUAGGUCUUCCAGAGGACGGGGAAUGUCCAGGGGACGAGAUUCAUCCCGAGGUCGUGAUUCAAGAGGACGUGACAGAGAUGCUUCAGAUGACAGGGAUACUGGACGAUCAGAUGGGUGGAAAUCUGGUAUUUCUAGAGGACGAGGGAGCAGUGGCUCUAGAGGUCGUGAUAUGUCUUCUAACCGUGAUUCAGGUCCAUCUAGAGGGUUUGGAUCUCGUGGUUCAGGUUAUUCAGAAGACCAUCGCAUGGAUUCUGGAGGAGGCAACAGAAUGGGUUCAUAUGCGGGUUCAGAUAGAGGGGGUAUGUCAGGAAGAGGCUUUGACCGAGAACCUAGAGAAGAAGCAAGUAUCACAGAAAAAGCAAUGGACAUCCUCAAAGCAGUCUUGGUGAGUAAUAUAAAUUCCUGCAAUAUUUUCUUUUAAGUUAAAAAAAUGUUCACUGGUAUAAUACUGAAAUACUGAUUUAUAAAUGUAGACUAUUAAUCUGUUUUAUAGGUUGAUGUUAAGAAAUUCGUCCAUUACUUAUUAGAUUGAACCAGAGUUGUGUUAAAGCCUAUGGAAGGGGUGUUACUGAUAUGUAUUUAAAUUUUUGUUGAUUAGAUGUAAUCAGAUUAUCUGAUUAUUUUUUUGCAUUGUAGAAGUUUAUCCUGGCAGGAAUGCCUUUGCCUGCAGGCCCAAGGAAAUGUAGGUCUGAACUUUAUUUGGUAAAUUUGUUCAGCGACACUAGUUGUGGUUUGAUGGGUCUAGACACUAGUUUUAGGAGAGUAUGUUUAUCAAAAGCUAAUAGUGAAGAAACUUAUAUGUCAUGUCCUGUAAGUGAAGUAAUUGAA